GGUACAAAAGGAAUUGAUGAGAGGGCUGGCCUACAGCACCUUUCAGUGCUUCAUGAAAUCUGACGCUGCUCCAACUUUGUUCACCACCACCACCACCACAAGAUCACUGCUAGCGCAUUUCCCGGGUCUCGUCUCGCUUCAUACAAACACCCAACAUCAGAGGCUCCAACAUUCUCCGAAGAAAACAAAGGAGGAUAAAAGAAAGGAGAGAGAGAGAAGCGACAAAGAGGGGAGAGCUCUCAAGCGCGCCUCGAGAGAGUCCCAAGAGAUCAUCUGACUUGACUUUCCAAAAGCGUGAAGCAAGGAAAGCAUAGAAAAAAGAAGUAGAAGAUAGCGAAAAAAGAGAAGAGUUUGUGAGCAAAGAUUGUUCAGAGCGAUGACUACUCCCAGUGAAGAUCUCAUCAAGGAGCCUUUGCUGCUCAAAUCGAGCCGAGAAUGCCCUGGUUGCAAAUGCAUGCCGCACGAGGAGGACGGGCCGCCGAUCAAGUAUCUGGUUCUCAUCGGAUUCAUCAUGCUUUGCAAUGCUUUGCCAAUCACCAUCUUGUUCCCUUAUCUCUAUCUGCUGGUCCGGGACUUUAAUGUCGCAGACUCGGAGAGCGACAUCGGCUACUACGCAGGAUUCAUUGGCUCAUCCUUCAUGAUUGGGAGAUUUUUCACCGGCUUGCUGUGGGGAGUGGCAGCGGAUCGAUAUGGUCGCAAGCCCGUCAUGUUCUGCGGAAUCAUCUCAGUGAUCAUCUUCAACACGCUCUUCGGCUUUAGCACCUCGCUCUGGAUGGCGGUGGUCACCAGGUUCUGCCUGGGAAGCCUGAAUGGCUUGUUUGGAACAAUUCAAACCUUCGCAACCGAAAUUUGCAACAAAAAGUAUCGGAGCUUGGGACUGGCUGUGGUUAGCACUGCUUGGGGAUUCGGACUCGUCCUUGGACCGGCAAUCGGCGGCUUCUUAGCCGAGCCAGCUCUCAAGUAUCCGGAAUUGUUCCAAGGCUCUUUAUUCGACCGGUACCCGUACCUUCUUCCGCCACUGUGUGUUACAGUGUUUGCGCUGCUUGUGCUCGUCGCUUGUCACUUUCUACCAGAGACUUUGCACAUCCAUGCCAAGGAAGUUGCCAAUACCCCUGAGAUCGAGAGCGGGGUAAUCAGCGAUGACUGCGAGAAGCGAUCCAUUUUCCAGAACAAGGCGCUCAUCGUCUCCAUCGCUCUGUUUUGCUUUGCUUCACUUCACGACAUUGCUUUCUUAGAGGUUUUCUCUCUUUGGGCUUUGAGCUCCAAGAGUACGGGAGGACUGUCUUUCACGAGCUCCGAUGCCGGAAGAGUUCUCACAGUCGCUGCUUUUAUCAUGCUGAUCUGUCAGCUAAGCUUCUUCCCUGUGGUCACCCGGCGCCUCGGACCAGCAAUGGUCACUCGGAUAGCAUCCGGACUUACACUGCCACUUCUCGUCAUCUAUCCGUUUAUGUACGAGCUCACUGGAGUCUGGCUCUGGUUCGUGAUCUUGACAGUGUCAACUCUUAAGUACAUUUUCAUGGAAGCAACAACGACAGGCCUGGCCAUCCUCGUCAACGUCUCGGUGAGGCAAGAGGAGCGUGGAACAGCGAAUGGAUUUUCGCUCAGCCUCUUGUCGCUUUUCAAAGCCAUUGGGCCGACAGCUGGAGGCACAGUGUUUGCUUGGUCGAGAAACAGGCUGCACGCUCACUUUCUUCCAGGAAACGAGUUCGUCUUCUUCUUUCUCGGAGUUUGGAUGCUUAUAGUCUGCGUUGGAACGCUGCAUCGAUCGCUCCCACGCUCUGCAUUGAUCUGAUCUUACAUCACGCUGACGAGCAAAUUCUACGUUUUGUGUGUGUGUGUGUGUGUGCAAGGAGGCAAAACCUCCAGGAUAGAAGAAAUCUCGGCCAGUUAUGUAGUUACAAUGUGAAGUAUCAAGCGAUAGAUGAGAUGACAAGAAUGUUUAAGUAUCGUACCCGGGAAUUAUAAAAUACGUACUUCCAGGUC